GUAAGUCAACCCUGGUGCCUGAUACGAUGGAUGGAUUUUCGAUCAAUAAUCAAUUAAAAAAUGGUAGACAAUCAAAGUUGAUAAAAAUGGAUUUCAAGGAGAUAUUACUGCUGCUAUGUUUACUGCUAACGUUAGCGAGGGCGUCCCACAAAGAUAGUAAUAGCAAUAAGAACAGUAAAAGUCUGAAUGAAACGCUGAGCUCCUGGGCGCCGUCCGAUGCCGACCCGGAGGAUGAAGACGACGAAGAGGUGCAGGUGAGUAAACGCGCGAAAGCUCAGGGUUGGUCAUCGUGGACCGAAUGGUCAACCUGUUCCCGAUCUUGCGACGGCGGGGUAGCGUACCAGCUGAGGCGGUGUCAUGCGCCUCACGGCUGCAAAGGAGACGCCGUCCGGUACAAGAUAUGCAACAUGCAGCCUUGUCCUGAGCAGCAGGACUUCCGGGCCCAUCAGUGCUCGGCGUACGACGAUGUGCCCUAUGAUGGGGCACUUCUCAAAUGGACGCCCCACUACGACUACUCGGAGCCGUGUGCUCUGACGUGCAGGGGCCGCCCGCAGCAUCUGCUGGAGGACAUGCCGGAUUCGGCCGCAGCCAGUGAAUCCUUCCCGCCGGUCGUCGGAGAUGACGAACCUAGCGUCAUAGUGCAGCUCUCGAAUCGGGUCCAGGAUGGCACCCGGUGUAGGCCCGGGAGCCUAGACAUGUGCAUCCAGGGCAAAUGUCAGCGAGUGGGCUGCGACCUUAAAAUAGGCUCAACGAAGAAAAUCGACGUGUGCGGCGUAUGCGGGGGUGAUGGUACGUCCUGUACCCAACCUUUGUACCAGUGGGAGAUCGCACCGAUGUCCCUAUGUUCCGUCACCUGUGGAGGAGGUUACAAAAUGGCCAUGCCCACAUGCCGGAAUCGGGUCACCGGAGUCGAUGUGGAGGAGUCCCUCUGCAAUGCCUCAUCGAGACCUGAGCCAACCGUGGUUCAAUGCAACACACAUCUUUGCCCACCCAAAUGGGUGACCGACGAUUGGCGUCCCUGUUCGAAGGCGUGCGGGGGUGGCGUCCGGGAGCGGGUCGUCGUCUGUGCCGAGGAGAGCAAUGGCGCCAAAAAUAAAGUCCCAGACGAGGCUUGCCGGGGCGUCCGUCCGAAAAGUCAGGAAACCUGCAACGUCCAGGAGUGCCCCAAGUGGGUCAGCGGCGAGUGGAGCGGGUGCUCGGUAUCUUGCGGAAGUGGAAUUCAAAUUCGCAGCGUCCAGUGCAUAGACUCCGGAGGGCACUUCAGCAAUCUGUGUGAUCACAAGUCGAAACCGUCCACUGGCCAGCAAUGUACGACAGGAAUUGGAUGCAACGGGGAUUUGCUAUCUUCAUCGCCAGGACUAGCUUCAAUAAUUGUCCCGGGAAGUAUAACUUCAGGAUCUUCUGGUGCUUCUGGAUCAAACAACGGAACCGAUGAGGGCCAUGACUAUCCUCAAGAACCGGCAGUUCAUGUUGGGAAAGAGAAAUUCUCAGCUCAUCACGUGGAGAGAGAUCCGACCCUGAUGACUUACAACGAUCAGCCCUACUAUGCGCAGCCCCUCAGACAGGAACGACUAACCAAGUCGGAGAAAGUUUUGUCUCCACGGGUGCCGAGUGAAGCCACUUUCAUCCAGGACACCGAAUGGUCACCGUGCAGUGUCACAUGCGGCGAGGGCAUCCGGCGGAAACCUUUCAGGUGCAAAAUAUUCCUGGAGUUCUCCAAACGGGUGGCCAUUCUAAAUGACAGUCUGUGUCACGCCUACAAACCGCUGGACGAGGUCGAACGCUGUGUCAUGGAACCGUGCUCUUAUCCUCCGAACUUUGAGGAGUCUUAUUUGAAGGACGGUAAUCGACAAAACUUAGAUGGAAUAAAGGUAGCGGCUGCGGUUCCCGGCAAAACGUACUCCUGGCGGGAGGAAGGCUACACCAGCUGUAGUGCGUCCUGUUUGGGUGGAGUUGAGGAGCUGAUCAUCAACUGUGUCCGGGAUGAUACCGGCAAAAUAGUUUCACCCUUUCUCUGUUCACCGGAAACGAAACCGGAAGCUCGGAUACGAACCUGUAACGACAUUCCCUGUCCACCUCGGUGGAACUAUUCCGAGUUCACGCCAUGUUCGAAGUCCUGUGGAUUUGGAAUUCAAACCCGGGAAGUAACCUGCAUUCAUGAGGUUACCCGAGGAGGCGAAAAUACCAUGAUCGUUCCCAACAGCAUGUGCACCACAAAGCCACAACCGGAUCGUCAGUAUUGUAACAUUAUUGAUUGUCCGGUGCGGUGGGAAGUUUCCGAAUGGAGCAAAUGUUCGAAACCUUGUGGUGGAGGCAUCAAGGAACGUCGAGUUGAAUGCAAACAGAUCAUGGCCCAGGAACACAAAGUUGAACGACCAGCAACGAUGUGUCCAAGUAGCAAGCCCCCAGAUAAGAAACCUUGUAACUCGAAAGCCUGCGCCCCGGAAGAUCAGAGACCACCGAUUGCCGGUACCAAUUCAACCUUCAUCCAGCACGAUCCGAAGAAGAACAAAAUCACCCUCAAAAUCGGAGGAGCUGCAACGGUAUUUUUCGGAACACAAAUCAAAAUCAAAUGUCCAGUUAAACGAUUCAAUCGGACCAAGAUUCGGUGGAGCAAGGAUCAAACUCCGUUGACCAAGUCGCGAAAGAUCAAAAUUUCGAAGAAGGGAGCGCUACGGAUAUUGGAUGUCACCUUUAAGGAGAACGGAAUCUACACCUGUCAUGCGGGGUUGAGUCAUGCGGAUUUGAAAUUGACUGUUAAACCGAAACCAGGACUAAGUGAAAACCAAAGCGAGGACAGUGGACGGCAUCGGGAUGGAGGAGAUUUGAAUGCGCUGAGGGAUCACUCAUAUGUGGCUUCUCAGAGCGGGACGGAUGAGAAGGGCGGCCGUCGGAACCGGGAGAAAAUUCGAGGGAAAAAUCGACAGCGCCCAUCGGCCGAUACCGUCCAGAAUGCCGAAAGCAGCGUCAUGGAAGACGAGCAGCUAAUGAGAUCCCACUCGCAAAUGACCGCGUCCGACAGUACGGUCGCUUCGGAUGCGGUUUCUGCGGCCAGUUCCGGCAGCCGGACGAUGCCGAUGCCCCACUUCCAGCAUCUGCUCGCCAGCCUGCAGUUUCUAUGGCCCUUUCAGACCUUCACCAACUCCAAGGGUCAUCAGUGGCUGAUGGAGCAGGAACUUGGCUAUCUGGGCACCGAAAUUGGAGAACUUGCGGAACAGGCGGAACAAGACGAACCGAUGCGUCCCCCCUCGGUGAUCAAUGUUUACGAGCUGCUGAAGAAUGCCAGAGGGAGCCGGGAAUCGGGACAGCAUCAGUUGGAUUCCCAGAACACAACAAACGGAACCGAUGGACACACGGAAGCAAUCGAAUUUGAAUGGAUGACUACGCCCUGGUCUGAGUGCUCACAAACCUGUGGCGCAAACGGAAGUGGAUAUCGGCUCCGGUCGGUCCACUGUAUGGUGAAACUGAUUAAUUCUAGUCACACGGUCGACAAUGGCCUCUGUGAAGACGCCGGACUUCCAAUACCGGAAACGGUCGAAAAGUGCGGCAACAUCGAAUGUCCUCGGUGGAUCAGCACCGAGUGGACUCUCUGUCUGCAAUCGAAGUGCUUUGCGUGGCACACGGCCCUCCAAAAGCGGGAGGUGUUCUGUAAAUUUGGCAACGAAAGCAACAGUGACCGGUGUGAGGAAACGGAGAGACCGGUCACCAAGCAGGAAUGCUACAACGAAAUGUGCAAGGGUGUAUGGCGGGUGGAACCCUGGUCUGAGUGCAAUGCAGCUUGCAGCAGUCAGGGCAUCAAGUACCGAAUACUGCAGUGCGUUUGGUACGGGACGAAAAAACCGGCAGGCAAUGCCUGCAAAGACCAACCGCGACCUGCCGUCAUGAAAGUUUGCAAAGGUCCACCUUGUAUUUCAAGUCUUUCAGAUUGCAAAGACUCGUCAAGGUACUGCAAAAACGUCAAAACUAUGGGCCUGUGUCGUUUACAUCGUUACCAGCAGCAGUGUUGUCGGACUUGUCGGUUUAAUAUUUACAACUAAACAAGCAAUGUAAGCAAAAAACAAACAAACAAACAAAACAUAAAACAUGGAACCAAUGCACAGAUGCAUAGAACUAUUAGAAAACCAGCUGCAAACUCAAGCAGUCGAUCGACGACGCACUUUGGUGCGAAUGGUUUUACAAUAAAGUAAAGGAUACAAUGGCAACCCUGCGUGUUCCCGAUCCUACCUGGUGUAGGUCGAGUGAAGAAUUUAAACUCCCAAGGAAGCUAUAAACGUGUAAUAUAAGCAGAGUUGUAUUUAAUAAAGCUUUCAAAAGCAACACCGGUAAAAUGCCAACUGAUGCUAUUGACAACUGUGUCACUCAAUGUGCUUGAAAAGUACACACUAGCUGUUAAUUACUAAGUAUGGUAAGAUUAAAUCACAAGCUGUAAAUAAUAUAACUCAUGCUGAUACAAGGAUAAAUAAGCCGCUAACGAAAGAGAAGGAGUGCGCUAGGUUAAAUCAUAGGAUAUAAAAUAAUCGAAAAUUUUCAAUUUUGUUUUGACACGAACCGUUUGGACUUUUCAUACUUUCAGAACUUAUUCAAUAAAAUUGCCAAAACCAAAUGAAAUACUCAAAUAAAACUAUUCUCGAGAUCUAAACCCAAAACAAAAAAAAACUACGAAUUGUUCCUCCGAAACGACUCAAAAAACAAACUUUGAAAAUGAAUUAUACUCAAAACAUGCAACUAACGUUCUAGUUUGGAAAUGAAAUGAAAAAUGAUUGAUAAAAAAUAUGAUUAAUAAAAAAAACAAGCAGGAGAAGCUCUUCAAAGAGAAUGCCUUAGUUCAACCUACAAGUUCGUUUCCAAAGAAAGAAAGAAUUAAACGAAAAAAAACAUACACAUUCUGUCAUAGAUUUUUACUAUUCAUACAUCUUUCCCAUUUUACACAGCUAGGAACUAACUCGAAAGGACCCUUAUAUUUUCACUAAAGGAUGCAUUUUUAAAAACAACACAACCCUGAACCUGUAAAAGAAAAACAACGGAAACAAUUAAAAUGAAACGAAGAACCUGCUAUUGGUGCAGUAUUUAAUCCAAAUCAAUCAAUUAAAAGGCAAAACUAAAAUAUAAAAAAAAA